CAGUUGACAGAGAAGUUGUUUGGUCGGUUUUGGUUGUGGUGUGGCUGUGCGUUGAUUGAUUUUUCAACACAAAUAAAUAGUGUUGUGUGAUGCCAAUAAAACCACAGUAACACAUCUUAUUUGUGUAAUCUGAUACAAACAUAUUUGCCACAAUGUCUGGGGGAGCUUCUACAGCCAAGGAAGAAUCCUUCAACGAGUUCUACCAUGAGGUUAAAGAAAUUGAAAAGCGCGAUUCUGUGUUAACCCCUAAGCAACAGAUAGAGAGACUGCUUCGACCAGGGUCCACGUACUUCAACCUUAAUCCUUUCGAGGUAUUGCAAGUCGAGCCAGAAGCGACAUUAGAUGAAAUCAAGAAGAAAUACCGGCGGUUGUCCAUUCUGGUCCAUCCAGAUAAGAAUAUGGAUGACUUAGAAAGAGCCCAGCAGGCGUUUGAAAUCAUAAACAGAGCUUGGAAGACAUUGGAAAGUGAAGAGACAAGAAAAAAAUGCUUGGAUAUUUACCAAGAAGCCAAAGAGAGAACAGAUCAUAUGAUUGAACAAAAGCGGAAGAAACAAAAGAAAGAUGGCCGACAAUCUGAAGGUAUCCCAGAAGAUGAUGCUGAUAAGUAUAAACAUUCAGUUUAUGUAAUGACCAUGAAGUUGUUUGCUGACAUGGAGCGCAAGCGGCAGCACCUCGAGGUUCGCGACAUGGAGGAGCGCAAGCGCAAGCGCGAGGCCGAGAUCGAGGAGGAGGAGCAGGUGUCCAUCGAGAAGGAGUGGGCUAAGAACUUUGAGGAAUCUCGACAAAACCGCGUGGACAGCUGGAAGGUGUUCCAGUCGGGCAGCGGCGGGAAGGAAAAGAAGAAGAAGAAGGUGGGCAUGGGCUUCAAGCCGCCCAAGCCCAAGCCCGAGAGCAGAUAACUCAGUGACCUUACCCUAUAGUGAUUAUGAUAAUAUAACUGAUAGCUUGUAAUUAUUA